AUGUCCCUAAAAUUCGUCCCCUUGAGUCCAGAUAGUCAAGGAAGACCAGGUACAGCUAUCAGUUUAGAUCCCAGUCAUGGAUCUUAUUCUUCUCAAAAUACUACGCUUUUAGGAGGUGGUAGUUCGGCCGGUGAUGGUCCAGGUUCACGCUCACGUGCCAUCUCAAAUGUGAGUUAUGGUUCUGAACAAUCCGCAGGUGGAGGCGGCGGUCUUGGUAUUUCUGGGAUGCCACCCCCUCCAAGACCCUUUACUCCAAGUAGUACACAUCCUGCUGUGGGAUAUGGAUUGAGUGCGAGAGAGAGGAGACAGGCAAAUGUUGAAGAUUCUUCAAAGAAACUUACAGAGGCCGUGGGUAGAAUGCUACAAUGUAUGAGUGUGCUUAGUAGCGUGGGUAUACGAGCAGGAAAUGAUUCAAGUCAGGAGAAAAUGGAAGAUCUAGGACGUGGACUUAAGCUGAAUUGGUUGGGAAGAGGUAGAACGGGGAGAAAUAGAAGGGGAUUGGUUGGUGGGAGAGUGGGACAAACAGUGGCGAAUUUGUGA